AUGGUGCUGGUGCUGGUGGUGCUCAUCCCGGUGCUGGUGAGCUCCGCCGGUACCGACGGCCGGUACGAGAUGCUGGGCACCUGCCGCAUGGUCUGCGAGCCCUACGGCCCCGCCGCCGCCCCCCCGCCGCAACCGGCCGAACGCGGCCCCCUCCCGCCGCCCUCCACCCUGGUGCAAGGUCCCCAAGGCAAACCGGGGCGACCGGGGAAACCGGGACCACCGGGACCACCGGGAGAACCAGGACCACCGGGACCGGUAGGGGCGCGGGGUGAAGCGGGACGACCGGGACCCCCGGGAUUACCGGGACCGGGGGCUACGGGUGCGGUGAGCGCAGCUACCUAUAGCACGGUGCCGCGCGUCGCCUUCUACGCCGGCCUCAAGAACCCCCACGAGGGCUACGAGGUCCUCAAGUUCGACGACGUGGUCACCAACCUGGGCAACAGCUACGACGCCGCCUCCGGCAAGUUCACCUGCGCCAUCCCCGGCACCUACUUCUUCACCUACCACGUCCUCAUGCGUGGCGGCGACGGCACCAGCAUGUGGGCCGACCUCUGCAAGAACGGUCAGGUGCGGGCCAGCGCCAUCGCGCAGGACGCCGACCAGAACUACGACUACGCCAGCAACAGCGUCAUCCUGCACCUGGACGCGGGGGACGAGGUCUUCAUCAAGCUGGACGGCGGCAAGGCGCACGGCGGCAACAACAACAAGUACAGCACCUUCUCCGGCUUCAUCAUCUACUCGGACUGAGCCUGGACCCACGGCAUCGCCCCAUGGCCCUCCAGCCCCACGGCAUCCCCCUGCUGCCGUCCGGCUCCACGGCAUCGCCCCGCAGAUGUCCAGCCCCACGGCAUCCCCCAAUAUCCGUUCA